AUGGGUUGCUUUUCUUGUUUUUCAUCUAAUGAGAAGAAAGCAGCUAGGAUGAGAAGUAAUAGUUCCAGAAGAGCUCAACAGCCGGUCUAUUCUCCUCCUCAUCAGAAAGUACAUAAUACCGCACCACAACAACCGCAGCAACAAGCGGAGAAUUGUAAGCCGAGACCCCCACCUGAAUCUACUAACAAUAAGGAUAUUGCUACGGAUCAUAAUGAAGCUGCCAAUGGCGGUAAUAAUGUUAUUGCAGCACAAACUUUCUCUUUUCGAGAGCUGGCCACGGCUACAAAGAAUUUCCGACAAGAAUGUCUAAUUGGUGAAGGUGGAUUUGGAAGAGUUUAUAAAGGAAAACUUGAUAAAAGUGGCCAGGUUGUGGCUGUGAAGCAACUUGACAGGAAUGGUUUGCAAGGUAACAGAGAGUUUCUUGUUGAGUACAUGCCAAUGGGAUCCCUUGAAGACCAUCUACUAGAUCUUGCACUAGAGCAAAAGCCAUUAGAUUGGUUCUCAAGAAUGAAGAUAGCAUUAGGAGCUGCAAAAGAGUAUCAAAGAACUGGCCAACUUACAGUCAAGUCAGACGUCUACAGUUUUGGAGUUGUUUUGCUGGAGUUGAUAUCUGGAAAGAGGGCCAUUGACACGACAAGACAGAUCGAUGAGCAACAUCUAGUUGCUUGGGCACAACCAAUAUUCAAGGAGCCAAACAGAUUCCCAGAACUAGCUGAUCCACUUCUACACGGAGAUUUUCCAAUUAGAAGCUUAAAUCAAGCCGUUGCAGUUUCAGCCAUGUGUCUCAAUGAGGAAGCAUCGGUUCGCCCCUUGAUGAGUGAUGUGGUCAGUGCUCUUAGUUUCCUUAGAGACGGUGUAGAAGCAGGUCCAGAACCUGUCUUUUCUCCUUCCCCGCCAACCAUGGAAGACUCCGACAGUAUUGCAAAAGAACGUCAAUUAGCUGUGGCAGAAGCUAUAGAAUGGGGGUCAAAUUCAAGGAAUAUUGCAUCGCGGUGUCCAAGUGCUUCCUCAUUGUAG